AUGCCUGGUGCCAUGAGAAUCCUUCUCUUAAUGGUUGCUGUCCUCCUUCUUGCUCAGAUCUUCUCAGCCAGGGGAGGACCUCGAAGGCAUAUCCGUUGUGCAAAGAUGUCUGGUCGCUGUGAGAUCGAAUGCCUUUCCUUUGAAGAUAAGAUUGGAGGCUGUAGAGCUGAACUAACUCCAUUUUGCUGCAAAAGGAGAAAAAGGAAUUAA